UACUGCUUCCCUCAACACGCAGCCGUCUGCGUAAACUACAAGCAACGACACUGACUGACUUGACAGCAGUGGGACAGACAGUUUGCUGUACUUUGAUCGCUUUUUGCUGUGCCUUAAAAUCAGUGCAAUCCAGUUACACCCCGCAGGAUACAGUACAUGCGCUUACAAGGAGACUGCUUCAUAUGAGGAAGCCCUACUUCUCUUGGCUUUUCUCUCACUUUUUGCACAAUCGUGUGUCGUAAUCUGCCCCAACACCACCAUGACGUGCCAUGCCAGGCAGACUUUUUGCUCUCUAAUGCCAGUUUUAUUUCUCUGUGUUGCUGCAGACCUGGACGCGCCUGUAGUCCACACAAAGCUCGGGAGCCUGAAAGGUGAGUAUGUGAGUGUGAAAGGGAAGGAGACUGGCGUCCAUGCCUACCUGGGUGUCCCAUUUGCUAAACCACCCCUCGGCCCUUCCUUGAGACUGGCUCCACCUCAGCCUGCAGAAAGAUGGGAAGGAGUAAGAUAUGCCACUAAACAGCCACCAAUGUGCAUACAACCUGAGCGAUUUGCUUUGGCACUGCUUGAUAAACUCGGUUUCUUGUUGGCUGAUAUCCCAGACAUCUCUGAAGAUUGCCUUUACCUCAACAUUUACACUCCUGCUAAAAGAGCUGAUGAUGCCCAGCUCCCAGUCAUGGUCUGGAUCCAUGGUGGAGGCCUCACAGUAGGAUCAGCUUCAACAUAUGAUGGAUCUGCCCUGGCUGCUUACCAGGACGUGGUUGUGGUUCUGAUCCAGUAUCGCUUAGGACUUCUGGGUUUUCUCAGCACCGGAGAUGAGCACAUUUCGGGGAACUUUGGCCUGCUCGAUCAGAUUGAAGCUCUCAGGUGGAUCCAGCAGCACAUUCACAGCUUUGGAGGAGACCCAGGAUUAGUUACUAUAUUUGGAGAGUCUGCUGGUGGAGUGAGCGUGUCUCUUCUGCUCCUGUCACCACUGUCUGAUGGGCUGUUUCAUCAUGCAAUUGCUGAGAGCGGCACAGCUGCAAUGGAUUUACUUGUGGAAAAUUAUCCUCUACUAAAGGCACAGGAGGUUUCAAAUGCAUCUGGCUGCAGCCUUAAAAGCACAAAGACGUUUGCUGAUUGCAUAAGAAGCCUUGAUAUUGAUACCAUAGUGGAUUUUACCAAGGACCGACGGUUAAGAUGUCCUGUAAAUGUUGAUGGGCAUUUCCUGACAAAACCUGUGGAUGAGCUGUUUCGUAAACAUGAACUCCUCACUGUACCAUUCAUGAUGGGUGUGAAUAAUGAUGAAGCGGGAUGGAUGCUAAAAAAUUUAUUCAUUAGUGUUCCACAAAAUUGGGCAGAAGGAAUGGAUCGGGCACAAGUCAUCAAUGCAAUGGCCUUCUUCUAUCCCAAUCCUAAAGAUGCAUUCAUCAAAAAUUUGAUAAUUGAUGAAUAUAUUGGAAACGGUGCCAACCGUGUGAAAAACCGAGAUGGGUUCUCUGAGGUUACUGCAGAUAUUAUAUUCAAUAUUCCAGUCAUUAAAACUGCUAAUGCGCACAGAGAAGCGGGUGCUCCUGUAUACCUGUAUGAGUACCAGCAUUCCUUGAAAAUGGUGCAGAAAAGAAGACCGAGCUUUGUUGGGAGUGAUCAUACAGAUGAAAUUUUUACAGUGAUGGGAUUUUGCUUCACAACUACCCAUGUUAAACUGCCUCAUCCAUGCUUUGUGGAGGAGGAACAGUUGAGCAGAACCAUGAUGAGCUACUGGGGCAACUUUGCUCGGACAGGGUCUCCUAAUGGGCACGACCUUGUCCACUGGCCAAAGUAUGAAGCAGAUGAAAAGUACCUGGCGAUUGGUUUAACAACGCAGGUAACUGCUCAGCACCUGAAGAAGGAGCGCUUUGUCUUCCUGACUCAGACCGUGCCAGAGAAGCUCAAACGGCAUGAGGAAAAUGCAAAACGCAGCGAGCUGUAGAAAACUCGCAUCUCUUCUGUUACGUCAGUUUUUGAUAUCAUUACCAAAUAAUAAAAUGCAUAAAUUAAUCACUUA